AUGCGUUAUUUAUUAUCGAUUGCACUCAUAGUUUUAUCGAUUGAAAAUAUUUACAGUCAAGUAGCAUUUGAUUCAUUCUGCUUAACUGAAGCUACCGUUUCUGGAUUAACAUCGAUUGAUGGCAGUGAUGAAUUUGAAAUAGAUCUUUAUGAGUCAAAAUUUUUACCUGACGAUACAAUUUUAUUGGCAAUUAAACAAAAGCGUCCAAAUAAUGGUAUUGGUGAAUUUGUUAUACGUGCUUUUGAUAAUGAAUAUCAUGUUGUCGGCCGAUUUGAUGAUCGCCAAACAGGAAACCUAGCUUUAAAACACAAUUCAUGUACAAAUGGAGCUAGUGUUAUAUACGUCGAUAAAGUUGAAAGUCGGGGCUAUCGAGAAAUUCCAUUAGCAUGGCAAGCGACUGGUCUUUCUUCUAAUCUUGAUGAAAUUGUAUUUAGAGCUGACAUUGUUUCUAAUCAACAAAUCUAUCGAGUCAAAUCUGCACCUUUAAAACGACGUUCGGGGCCUGAAUUCAUCCCUUAUUCAGAAGAUCAGUCAGUUAACAUUGAUUAUUGUGGUGAAUCACAAGGUUGUUUGAUUGUUCCACAAAAUUGUAAUAAUCAGGCUAAAUGUGACUAUGCACUUUCAUGGCAAGUACUUGAUGAACAAACAGCCAAAUUUCAUAUUGUUGCAAGAGCAAGUGGUUUCGUUGGUGUUGGAUUCUCUAAUGAUGAAAAACGAGGCGAUGAUCAAGUUAUAUUAUGUACAAAAGAUGCUCAAGGUUAUGUUUAUGUACGUAAUAUGUUUGUUAGUGUUCAAACACCACAGUAUAUUUCAAGUGAUCGGCCAUCGUAUGGUUUACGAGAUACAGACGGUUAUGCAAAUGCGUCACAUAUUAUAUGUAAAUUCAUAAGAACAUUAUCACUUGAUGCAGAUACCCCAGUUGACAAUUCUGGUAAAAAUCGUGAUGGUGCUAAUAAUAGAAAUAAAAUUGUUAACUUGAAAGAACCUCAUUAUAUGUAUCCAGUUUAUGCUGAUCAAGAUUUGGUAACAUCAAAAGGUAUGCGUAUUCCCGUUCAAGAUAUUCCAAUUGUAAAUAAUCAUCCGAUUAAUUUUGAACGUCGUAUUUAUCCAAAAUCUCAUCCACGAGCUGGUUCUUUUCUAGCUAAAAUUCAUGCUAUUUUAAACAUAAUAGCAUGGAUACUUCUUGCAUCAGCAGGUGUUAUGGUUUCUCGUUAUUUUGAUACAAUUUGGCCUGAAUAUGAGCGUCGUGUUGUUGUUGAUGGUAAUGGUGUUGUCACAGGAGAAAAAUUACAACGCCGAAGACGAUUUUCUUUUCUUAGUGUUUUUCAACCGACUAUGAUAACAGUAGCUAUUUUAACAUGGGUCGCAUUUUUUGCUAUACUUUUUGAACUUGACUGGCAAUGGACACAUGGUACACAUCAUAUGUGGCAUUCAAUUCUUGGUGUUAUCGUACUUGUUUGUGCUUUUCUUGCUCCAAUUUUUGGAAUUUUACGUCCGACACCUCGAACAAAACGUUAUUGCUGUUGGUAUUGGAUACAUUGGUUGAUUGUCGCUUUGGCGCAAUGUCUUGCUGUACCAGUUAUAUUUUUGGGUAUGGAUAAUCGUCGAUUAGAUUUGUGGACAUGGUGUUCAUGGCUUUUAUUUGGUUGGUGUAUAUUUCAUUUUAUUGUUCAACUUAUUUUUGAAAUUCAUACAUGCUGUCAUGCAAGACAAGAUUAUGAACGUUUUGAAGAUCCUGAUUAUUAUCCAGAGAAAAAUCACGAUCAUCGCAUACGACGAGAGCGUGUACCGGGUGAAUCAUGGAAACCAGCUCUCUUGGGUAUUUAUAUGUUGGUCACGUUAAUUGUGGUCAUAAUUCUCAUUCUUGCUGUCAUUUUUUAUGACGGUUAUUAA